GCAGCACACACUCCAUCCCGUACUCCGCGCAACCCGCUGCGCCCGUCCCCCACGCUGGCUUCGUAGCGAUGUCGAAGUUCACGCCAACCCCCGCUGAGGUUGCGCUCGUCAACCAGAUAUUCAUCCAGGCAGAUACCCAGAAGCUCGGCGUCAUCACCGGUGACGCUGCCGUCCAGAUAUUCAACGGCUCCAACCUCUCGCCCUCCGUGCUCGCGGAGAUCUGGAACCUCGCCGACGAAGAUAAUAACGGUGUUCUGACGCGCAAGGGCGUCGCUGUUGCGGUGCGCCUGCUUGGCCAUGCACAGCGAGGAGAGAAGAUUACGGAAGCGUUGGUGCUCAAGCCUGGCCCGACUCCUACUAUCGAGGGAAUAACACCACCAGUUGUCCAACAUCCGACGGGUAUACCGGCAGCGCGAUCCCCGCCUCCCGGGCUCCCACCACUGACCCCUCAAGACAAGACGAAGUUCAUGAAGCUGUUCCUCUCAUGCGGUCCAAUUAACGGCCUCCUGAACGGUGACAAGGCGCGGGACGUGUUCGUCAAGUCCAAGCUACCCGUAGACAAGCUCUCGCAAAUAUGGAACUUGGCAGACACGAGGAACCGAGGUUCACUAGACGUGACCGACUUCACGAUAGCGAUGUAUUUGAUUCAAGCAACCAUGCACGCCCAGCUGCAAACCAUCCCGCCUGUACUACCUCCCGGGCUCUACGAACAAGCAGCUGGGAAGUCACCAUUUGAAGGGGUCACAACACAUGCAACAGGUAGUAGCGGCCAUUAUAGUCCUGGACUCAGUGCCUCAUUCCCCGGGCGACCAAUGAGCACGAUCGAACCGAAUUUUACUGGACAAGGUUCGCCGCUACAGCCGCAGAUGACAGGGCCCUUCCGGUCUGCCCCACCUCAGCGUUCAGCGCUUAGUUCCACACCAGCGUUUCCGUUCGUGCAGCCUCAGGCCACCGGUGCGCAGUGGGACGUGACUCCCGCCGAGAAGGCGAAUGCGGAUCGCAUCUUCGGCACACUAGACACCCAGAAGAGAGGCUAUAUCGAAGGCGAUGUUGCCGUACCGUUCAUGCUGCUGUCCAAGCUGCCGGAGGACGUCCUUGCUCAAGUAUGGGACCUUGCUGACCUGAACAACGACGGCCACUUGACGAGGGACGGUUUCGCUGUGGCCAUGCAUCUUAUCCAGAGCAAACUGGCCGGACGAGAUAUUCCAGCGACGAUUCCGUCAAGUUUGAUACCCCCAUCCAUGCGCGGUGCUCCGGGUGCACCUCAAGCCCCGGCCACGCAGUUCCAACCUGCGGUCCCUGAAGCUAUCCGCGACUUACUCUGGGACGAUUCGCCUCCUGCGUCGGCGACGGUGCCGCAACCCCAGCAAUCUGCGCUUCAGCCACAGAGCACUGGAGCAUUUGCUACGCCAGUGCUGCACCCUCAGUCUACAGGCGCGCGCCAAAUGAUGACGCCGCCGCCCCAGCGGGCCGCGACGAUACCUACCGUCACCGAUCCCUUUGCUUCUGCCAACUCACCGUUCGCCGUGCCUGCACCUGCUGCACAUAGGGACUUGCUCGGAGACGACGACGAGCCUGCGCACACUGCGUCGCCACCGCUGCAGGAUCGCUCUGCGGAAAUAGGCAACGUGAAGAACCAGUUGAGCUCGACCAACCGGUCGCUCGAGACGGCGAAGGCAGAACGCGAAAGCAUGGAGCGCACACUCAGCGAACAAGCGGCGCAACUCUCCGCGUUGCAGACGCAGUUAUCUUCUGCGAAGGCAACGUAUGAGACAGAAACACGCCUGCUGGGGACGCUCAGAGAACGGUUCAGCAACCAGACUGCGGAUAUCCAGAAGGCGAGAGAAGAACUCAUCCACGGCGAAAGUGACCUCAGUGCAGUCAGAGUAGAGAAAGCGGAGGUUGAGGGUGCAGUGCUUAGGGACAAGGAGGAGGUGCGAGACCUCCAGAGGCGGAUGACCGAAGUCGGAAUGGAGGUCGAGACUCUCAAGGCCGAGGUUGAGAAGGCGAAGAAGGAGGCGAAGCAACAAAAGGGUCUGCUGGCCAUCGCCAAGAAGCAGCUCGCGACAAGAGAGGCCGAACGCGCGCGCGUCCAGAAGGAACUCGAGGAGGCGCAGAGCGAGGCCGCUGAGGCUACUAAAGAACGUGAACAAGCGGAGGCCGAGCUAGAGAAGGAAGCACCUGCCCCAAUGACGAACGGUCACGGCGGUGUCGCCUCCCCGGACAUUUUGGCCAUGGCUGCUGCUCAGCCCCUACCUGCCACCCCAGAGGUCCCGACAAGCCCAACAGCUUCGAUUCUCAGUCUCGGCAAGAGCAACAAUCCCUUCGAACGAGUGGCAAUGGCCUCUGGCACAGGGUCGCGCGCGCAGUCGCCCUCACCGUUCCUGCCGUUCACUAACACUGGCAGUCUCCCCACUCCGCCCACGGUCCCCAUUGAGGCUCCCGCACAGCAGUCAUCGCCCAGUUCACCUUCGGCGAACCCAUUCCGCUUCUCGCAGGCAUUCUCGCCCGGCGAGGGUACCAGCCUGCUUGCAUUGGCGGACGCUCCUGGCGCUUCUGAUGCCCUCUCCCCCGCUGACCUGAUGUCGCCCACUGACACUGACAUGUUCCAUACGCCGCUCAACUCGGCCACCAUUGCUGCUCCGGCCCCCGAGCCCGCGCCCUCAAUCCAGGCGACACUCGCCGAGGCAUCGAGCGAGCCCACCGUUGCUCCUGAAGAACUGCCCACUACUACUUCGGUCUUUGACGAACCCGCCGUAGUAUCGGCUGAUGAUACUGAAACUACUCAGGCGACCACAGACCGUCUGGAAGAUACCGACCUCGCUCACCAACUCAAGGAGCUCGACGUUGAGGAGUCCGACUCGGAUUCUGAGUCUGAGGAGGAAGAACCGCUUGCGAACAUCAAGGCGCGACUCAGCGGCGAUGUACCUCAUGUUGGCGGUAUCGCAGAAUCGUCCACAUCGCAGACAAUCUCGGCGUUUGACGACUCGUUCGGUAUCUCUGCACCUGCCCAGGAAGUUCGGUCUGCUUCCCCUCCGAAACCCGACGCGGCCACCCCCGUACGUAGCCAGACUCCGGUGGUCGCGCCUGCGACUCCUGUGAAUGCGUUCGACGAGGUGUUUGCACCCCCCGCUGUUGCGCAGCCCUCGGAGCCUUUCGCGGCGCCGGUGCCAAUUCCGACGACCACUGAGCCGAAGACGAACGGGGAUGCCCAUGGAACUCCUGACGUGAACGACUUUGAUGAGGCUAUGGGCAAGCUUGGGGCAAGUAUGAGCAGUAUCGGCGGCCCGUCCCAGUUCUCGGAGUUCAGCUUUGAUUCGGCGUUCGAGGACAACUUCGACUUUGCUGCUGCUUCCGCGGCGACACCAGCUGCUCCCAACGCGAACGGAAACGCCGUCCCAGCAGCAGCGCCUGUGCCUGCCAACAACACUUUCGACAACGUCUUCAUGUCGCAGCCUAGCAGCGCGUUCCCACCUGUUGGUGCUCCGCAGGCACAGGCGCCCGCUGCUACGGGAUCGUCUCCAUUCGACCAGCCUGCACCUCAGGAAGGAAGGCCCUUCUCUUUCGAUGAUGCUUUCAGCUCGGGUCCGAGUGCUCCUCAACCUAACCAGUCCGGAACAAAUGGGAAUGCUGUCACUCCGAUCUCCUUUGACGAUGCCUUUGGUGGUCAAUCUAGUGCGCUGGCUUUGGACGCUUCAUUCGGAACAACAACGUCGGGAGCGUCGGCCGCUCCUUCGCAGUCGAAGGGCCCGACACCGUUCCCGACCGCCUCCCCGCCGCAAUCACCUACUGGCACAUCUUCGACUGGCUUCGGCCCACGACGGUCAACCUCGCCUCCUCGUCACCAGUCCCCUCCGCCCCGCCACUCCUCGCCAAAACCCAUGGCACGCCCCUCGACUGCAGGAUCCGAGAAAGAGAAGGCGCCGACUACUAGACAUUCCAAAUUGAGCAUCCGCUUGCCAUUUGGGAGGAAGAAGAAGUCGACACCGCAUGAAGUCCCUCCUCUGCCUUCGUCGUCCUUGACUAACCAACAAGUACUCGAAGAGCCCACUCCGGCUGUAGACGACGAUAUCGACUCCGUCAAGCAGCUGUGCAGUAUGGGCUUCAGCAGGACCCAGGCCGUGAUGGCGCUCGAGAACCACGGAUACGACGUACAGAGAGCACUCAAUAGCUUACUCGGUAAGUUAUAACUGACCAGCACUUACAUGGUUCUUACGCAAACUGUCGUAGGCUCAUAAUGAUCAUCUUUCUGUACCUUUAUCCUGAGUAGCUUCGUUGUUCAUGCUUUCUCCCUUGUGCCCUUCGGUACCCACACUCCUUGGACAGUACUAUUACGAACGCUCCUUAUUCCCAAUCUUCCUGCUUCUCUUAAUGUGAUACGCGCGCGGUGGAGCGGCUCUCAACCAGCUCUUUGUUUCGUGCCUUCGAUUCCACGUGGAGGGCAAUGCGUACUUCCACGAGUACGGAGCGCCGACUAUGUAGUCCUUCAGAAUAAGAGAACACAACUAUCUCCUCUCCGAGUCGCUUGGAUGGCGUCUAAGGCCUGGACAAUCGAUGUUGCUUUGUAUUCAGUGUAGUCAGUGCCUCACACGCUGAGAUGGACGGC